AUGACGGAUGAAAUGGAUUUAAAAGCGCUUAUUGGCUUGAAAAAGAAACGAGCUGUUAUCAAGGCAGCAUUAACUCAUCUCCGUACGUUUGUAGCUAAUUUUGACGCUAGAGAACAGGCGUUGUCCUUACUUGAAUUUCGUCAGGAAAAUUUACCUGCAAUUAAUAAGAAGUUUGAUGACAUACAAUCCCAAAUAGAAUUGCUUAUGUCGGAUGACACUGAUGAAGCUGAAGCAGAGAGGGACAAGUUUGAGAACGACUACUUUUCCAUAAGGUCUCAAAUUCAGGAGUUGAUUAAUCAAGAAAAAUCCCACUCUACCACUGGAUUAGCUCACUCUUCCUUUACAGCUGCACAUAAUAUACAACGAGCACAAUUAGCGCCAAUACCAUUUUCUAAAUUCAACGGAAAUAUUCAGGAUUGGUCCUCAUUUUUUGACAUAUUUAAAGCUAUGGUCCAUAAGGAAGAAAGUUAUUCACCGGCUCAAAAAUUAUUUUAUUUAAUGUCAUGCCUAGAAGGGCAGCUUUAG